AUGCCAGAACAUGCCCAGGAAGACUACAGGCUGUUGGACGUGCCGAGCGCGCAAGAAACGGUCAUCACCUGCUAUGGCUACGACGAGAAGCCUGACUGGAUGGACGGCGGCGAGGCCGAAAAGACCGUCCUCGAAACCCUCAAGCGUCAGGUCAAAGAGAGCUACCGACGUCGGCGCUCGAAAGGCUCUGGUGCUACGCCUCGCCUCAGCAGGUGUGAAGUCGAUCCAGGCACAGUCACCCCAUUGUCGCCCCCACUCCCGCUAGGAACUUCAGCUUCGUCGCCGUCGUCGGUGUGGCCUCAGGACAAGCCGACCCCGUCGGACAACAGCACUCGCCCCUCUCAACAUCCUCAGGCCACAGAUUGGGCAGGCCAGGACCGGUUCGACACAUACCUCGUCACUCGCAUCUCACGGACUGGAACCCAAAGUCCCAAUGGCAACACCUACGACCCGUUGUCGGACCGCACCUAUUCUGCCUCUACCUCCGUCUCUGCCUCGCCGAGCCGGGAUCUGAACACCCGCAUCCCCUUUGACGAAGAAGAGCUCAAUCUGGUCAUGUACUACCUGGACCACAUAUUCCCCCGGCUCGACCCGUACUUCAAGUACUCGGCCGGCGACACCGGCCGUGGCUGGCUGCUGAAUUUGUUUCUGCGGACCAAACCGCUCUGCAACGCCGCCGUCUGCCUCAGUGCCUGCGACAAGGCACAAUUCGUGUUGGGCCCGCUGAGCGACAUUCCGCAGCCGUACCAUGAGCUGGAACUGCAGCAUUUGCGGAGCGUGGCGGAUCUGCGCGACCACCUCGAUCAGUUGUCCAAAAAGACGGGCGCCAGCCAGAUGGCGGCCGGCGUGGAAGCCCUGGCCUGUAUCAUACAUUUGAUUUUUUUCGAGUUGUGGAUCCCACGAAAAGGCCUCAUGAACGACUGGGUCAUGCACCUGGACGCCGCCAGCGCUCUGCUGUCGUCGCUCGACGCGUCGCCGCUGCUGAUGUCUGAAGAAUCGCCCGACUCCGACGCCGGCGUGGAAAUCUCCCACGCGUACGAAUACGAGGAGGUCCGAUGCCACAUCCCCACCGAGCUGCUGUCCGAAGGAGAAAAGCUGGCCUUUGAAUUCUUCCUCGACGUCUACAUCUACUGCUUCAUCAACGCGACUGCGAGCCUGGGCCUCACGCCCCAGUCGGCACAGUCCAUCCGCAGGGUCCGCGCCCUGUGCCAUCAGAACCCGGCCCGGCUGUGGGACCGCCGCGGGUGCGAGGACUGGGUGAUGCUCACGCUGCUCGACAUCGCCAUCCUGCGGGACUGGAAGCAGAAGAAGUCCCGGGCGGGGACGCUGAGCGUGCGCGAGCUGAACCGCCGCGCCGAGAUGAUCGAGCGCCGGCUGUAUGAGGGCGCAGCCAAGUUCACCGAUCCCUGGCUUCCGUCGUCGUCGUCAUCGUCGUCGUCGCCGUCGUCGAAACCUCCUGCUGUUACCUCCGCCACCACGACCAUGGACGAGGAAAAACGCAUGGUCACGAGCACCUACAUCCACGGGGCGCUGGUGUUUCUGCACGUCGUCGUGUCGGGCUUCCACCCCAACAUCCCGGAGAUCCGGCAGGGCGUGGUGCGCACGCUGCACGCGCUCGAGUACAUGCGCGAGCACUCGGUGCACAACUUCCCGUCGUGGCCGUACUGCGUCGCGGGCUGUCUGGCGCUGGAGCCCGAGUGGCCCCGGUUCCGGGCGCUGGUGCCGCCGUUCGAGAAGGGCAAGCACCCCCUCGUGCUGUCCAAGUGGACGCUGGAGAUCAUCGAGGAGUGUUGGGAGACCCGCCUCCGCGCGGCGCAGCAACCCGAGGAGCAGCAGCGCGGGGAAGAAUCGUGUAGUUGGGUCACGGCGAUGAAUCAUCUGGGCACGCGGCUGCUACUUCUAUAA